AUGGCAAAGUCUCUUCACAUUGCAAUGUUUGUAUCUAUAGUAAUGUUCUUCACGUCAAAUUCGAUUUCUUCCCAGGAAAUUGAUCAAUAUUCACAAGAGGCACCAGGAGAUGUGAAGAUAUCUCCCACAUCGGAUUUUGAUAUUUACGUCGAAUAUCCUGAUGAGUCUUCAUUUAAAGAAGCCGAUUCACCUGCACUGGAAGCUGAGAUGAAGUUUGAACAUCAUUACACGGACAAACAGUUCGGUUUUCUUGAGGUUUGCGCUCAAAAGCUGAGCUCAUCACACUGUGGAGAUGAUCUUUUCAAGAACAUGGUAGGUGAGGGAACGCCAAUAUUGUUAGCUGAAUGUUGUGCUGAGCUACUAAAGAUUGGAAAAGAUUGUUAUCUAGGAACGGCUCAAGUCAUUUUAUCGACUUACGAGUAUAGAAAUAUUGCGUCUAAGGCUAUUCCGAAAAGCAAACAGACAUGGAAUGAUUGUGUUCGUCUAACUGAGAAUUGA